AUGACAGGUCACCAUACAAGCAAAAACUUGGCUAAUGAAAUAUCCAACAUUGCUAGGGAGUGGGAAAUAACUGACAAAAUUUUAUUGAUAGUUUCUGACAAUGCUUCUAAUAUAAAAGGUGCAAUUAUGAACGAAUUAAAUUUAAAACAUUUUGGUUGUUUCGCUCACACGUUGAAUUUAAUAGUUAAUCAUAGUUUAGAUAUCCCAGAGAUUUUAUCCCUACUAGCUAAAGUUAGGAAAGUAGUCGCUCAUUUUAAGAGAAGUGCUUUGGCAAACGAACAUAUAAUGAAAUACCAAGAAAAUAUGGGUAAUGCACCUUUAAAAGUUCUGCAAGAUGUUGCCACUAGGUGGAACUCCACUUACUAUAUGUUAGAACGUUUUUUGCUGUUAGAAAAUGCACUCAAGAGUACCAUAGCAAUUUUAAAUAAGGAUAUUCCUAUUUUGUCUGGAGAAGAAUGGAAAUAUGUAAGCAUCUAG